CUUUCUGCUCAUUAGCAUAAAAACAUCAUUUAGAUUCGGCGCGUUGCAGAGAGUAGCAUUGUUGACAAUGGCUUCGUCUCAAGCCCAUAAGAAGAAAUGCUGCUAUUACUACGACGGAGACAUCGGGAAUUAUUACUAUGGCCAAGGACAUCCUAUGAAACCACACAGAAUAAGGAUGACACACAACUUGGUUUUGAAUUAUGGUCUCUAUAGGAAAAUGGAGAUUUAUCGUCCACAUAAAGCCACAGCAGAAGAGAUUACCAAGUUUCACAGUGAUGACUAUAUAAAGUUUUUACGAUGUAUACGGCCAGACAAUAUGUCCGAAUAUAACAAACAGAUGCAAAGAUUUAAUGUUGGUGAAGAUUGUCCUGUUUUUGAUGGAAUGUACGAAUUUUGUCAACUGUCUACUGGGGGGUCUGUUGCUGGGGCAGUAAAACUAAAUAAACAAGCUGCAGAUAUUGCAGUUAAUUGGGCUGGUGGUCUUCAUCAUGCUAAAAAAUCUGAAGCUUCUGGGUUCUGUUAUGUAAAUGAUAUUGUUUUGGCAAUAUUAGAACUUUUAAAAUAUCAUCAGCGGGUGUUAUAUAUUGAUAUUGAUAUACAUCAUGGUGAUGGUGUGGAAGAAGCUUUUUACACAACAGAUAGAGUUAUGUCAGUCUCAUUUCAUAAAUAUGGUGAAUAUUUCCCUGGUACUGGUGAUCUUAGGGAUAUUGGAGCAGGUAAAGGAAAAUAUUAUGCAGUUAAUUUCCCACUCAGAGAUGGUAUAGAUGAUGAUAAUUAUGAAACAAUAUUUAAACCUGUUAUGACUAAAGUUAUGGAUAUGUAUCAACCUAGUGCUCUAGUUUUACAAUGUGGUGCUGAUUCUUUAUCUGGUGAUAGAUUAGGUUGUUUUAAUCUUACUCUAAAAGGUCAUGGUAAAUGUGUAGAAUUUAUGAAGAAAUGGAAUUUACCUAUAUUAUUACUUGGUGGUGGAGGUUAUACUAUUAGAAACGUUGCUAGAUGUUGGACAUAUGAAACAUCUAUAGCUCUUAAUGUUGAAAUUGCAAAUGAGCUACCUUAUAAUGAUUAUUUUGAGUAUUAUGGUCCAGAUUUUAAACUUCAUAUUAGUCCAUCUAAUAUGGCUAAUCAAAAUACAGGAGAAUAUAUGGAUAAGAUAAAAACGAGAUUAUUUGAGAAUUUAAGAAUGUUACCACAUGCUCCUGGAGUACAGAUGCAGCCAAUACCAGAAGAUGCUGUAAAUGAAGAAAGUGAUGAUGAUGAUAAAGAUAAUCCAGAUGAAAGAAUAUCUAUUCGAGCUAGUGAUAAAAGAAUUGCUUGUGAAGAGGAAUUUUCCGAUAGUGAAGAUGAAGGAGAAGGUGGACGACGAGAUCGACAGAAUUAUAAACCUAAAGCUAAACGGGCUAGAACAGACGAAGAAAAGAAAGCUGAAGCUGAAAAAGCAGAUGCAAAGGAGGAUAAAAAAGAUAUUAAGAAAGAAGUAACGAAUUUGGAUAAAGAUGAGAAAGCAACAGAAAAAAGUGACGAGAAAAGUGAUUCAACAGAAAAGAAAGAUGAAAAGCCAGAGGCAAAACCAGAAGGUCCCACAGAAGCCAUGGAUGCUGAUGCACCUACACAGGAACCUGCCAAGAUGGAACAUUAAUUUAAAUCUCAUUUUACCUAGUGCUGACAUUUCAUAUAAACAAUUGGGGUACAUUAUCUCAUGACAAUGGGGAUUUAGUUAUAUUUAUAAAAAAUCAUUUGUGAAUAUUCAUUUCUAUUGACAUUCAAAAAUUUUUGGAACAGCCAUUUUGUUUUUAUUAAACAUUUUAUCUUGUAGAUCAAAUCAAAGUAUGUUUUAUUAGUACAUCUAGUCUGUGACAAAUGUUGUAUUUAUUAUAAUACAUUAUAAAAAAAUUUCAUUCUCUUAUCUUUAAACAAAUAAAUUUUAUACUUGAUAA